GCUUCCCUAGAGAGAGAAACCGGGUGGAAGAAAAUGGUGUAAAUGCUAAGUGGCGGCGAAGAGGGUAAGAGCCGGUCGAAGCCAAACGAUGGGGAGUCGACAACGCCGAGGGUGUUGAUGAUUCUUUCGUUCGUUAUGGAGAGACUGGUGACUCGAAAUGAUGGGUUGGUGGUGGUGCAGAGAGGUGGCUUGAAGGAACAACCACCACAACAGGUGGUGGAAGGUGAGGUGAGGUCGCCGCCGGGAGGGAAGGGGUUGAAUGCUUUUCAUGGAGUAAGAGCACCGAGUAUUAGCAUAUCAAAGUACUUGGAGAGGAUAUAUAAUUACACAAAUUGCAGCCCUUCUUGCUUCGUGGUGGGGUAUGUUUAUAUAGAUAGGUUGGUGCAUAGGCAUCCUAACUCGCCUGUGGUUUCUCUCAACGUCCAUAGGUUGCUGGUUACUAGUGUCAUGGUUGCAUCCAAGAUGCUUGAUGACUUGUAAGCUCUCUCUCUCUCUCUCUCUCUCUCUCUCAAGAUACACACAACACAGUUUAUUUUGUCUGGGGCUAAUGAAUUAGGUGAUUGAUUGAUUAAUUUUUGUGGGUUAUUGAGAGAUUGUGUUUGGGUAGUGGGGUGAAUUUGAAGCCAAGUUAUUGAGGGGUUAUGGAUCAAAG